AUGCCUUUGAUCGUCCCGGAUGUUAUCGAAAUCGGAAGCAGCGGCAGCAGCAAUAGAGCAUCCUCUCCCAUCCCCGAACUGACCGUCACCAAGAUGAACGGCAGAUCCAUACAACCACACGAGGCCGAGGACGAGGAGAUGCCUCGGUCCUCCGCCGCCUCUCGCGUCUCGCUCGCAAAUUUAUUAGGCCCAAGCGGUCCAGGCUCCUCGCCCUACUCCAACACGCCACGCACAUCGCCUCGCAAGCGGCCUAGCACCGACUCGCCCGGCACCGGUCUACAGCCUCCAACCGACAUCGCCAACGGCGGCAGCAGCAGCUCAAGCACCACUCACAGCGAGGGCCGCGAAAGGCGACGUUCAGACGCAGCUUCACAACGAAGUCCUGCUCGAGCGGAAGCCGUUCCGGACGCCGCCCCCGCUGGCGACGGGAGCACAAGUCACGACGUACCCACGGUCGACGUCACCGAACCGGAUGGCAAAGCGCCUGGCGACCGCGACGAGGACGAGGACGACGAAGAUGAAGAUGACGAAGAUGAUGACGAUGACGAUGACAAGGCCACCACCGAUGCGGGCAGUGCGUCCGAAGCUGAGGGCGAAGACAAGGCCGAAGGUUCGUCAGCCAAAGAGGGCGCUGGCUCCGGCGAGAAAUCGAUCGUGCCCAAGAAGCGCUCUCGACGCCGCAGUCCAUCUCCGCCAGAGGCUGCCACAGCACCGCCUCCGCCCAAAAGGCCCACCGUUCGCCUUUCGAUCCUCGAGGCGAGGCAGAGCGGCUAUCUCAUCAACGUGCCCGAGCUCGUUCUUGCCAAACUCAAAGGCCAGGACCACCCCUGGGCCAAAUGGUAUGAGGAGUCGUUGGUGGAAGCAGCUGAACCCGAGCCUGCGCCACCACAGGCUGGGCCGGGGGCGCCUCCGGAUCUCGAAGGCUUUGGUAGCCUCGCAAGGCUGCUAGCAAAGUACCCUGCCGGCGAAGGAUCGGCAGCAUCAGCAGGUGCGUCUGGCGCGAGCAAGAAGCGCCGCAAAGUCAACGACGACAAGUACGACAUUGGGCAGUACGACGUGCGCGAUCCGUUCGUCGACGACUCGGAGCUCAACAUCGACGAGCCCACGCACUUUGCCAAGCCCAAGGCCGACGGCUUCUACGUCACCCAGGGCACCGUCGAGCUUGCCAAGGCCAAGGCCAUGGGCAAGGGGCAGCCUCUGCUGGGCAAGGACAGACCCAAACCGCUCAGCAUCCGCGACUCCAAGUUCGGCUUCGCCGGCUCUCUCAACAAGCUUGUGGCCAAAAAGGCGCAGCAGCAAGCCGAGCUGCCCCCGAUGCCUGCCUCGUCCUCGAUGCAGCUUGGCUCCCUGCUCAACAACGGCGAUCCCGGUAGCCCUGCCAUGGGCGCAGGCUCGGCUCUCACCAACGUGCAGAGGCAGGAAGGCACACGCGACUCGCCCAUCAAGGUCGACGACAACGAUUCGGGAUCGUCCAAGAAUGCCGCCAAGAAGAACCGCUACCCGACCGAGCCCGUCGACCCGCGUCUUCAGGCGUCGUUUGACGAUCUCAAGAGCAAGGUCGAUGCAGAGAGCUUUGCCGUCAAGACCAAGUUCCCUGCGACGCUCAAACCGCCGCUCAUCGAGACGGCCAAACUGGCGGUCAUGCUGGGCGAGUACGACGACAACUUUUUCAAUCAUCUGCCCACCAUCUUCCCGUACAACCGCUUCACGAUGAUGAAGCUCGUCAAGCGCGAGUUCUUCCCGCACCACAUCAAGUACUUUGAGGAUCUCAAGCAGGAGCACAUGGACAAGCUCGGCCGCAUGAUCCAAGAGAGCUUCCCGCACCAGCUGGCCGAGUUCGAGGCGGCGCACAAGGCGUGGGUCGAGCGCGGCGAGGCGCCCAAGGAGGGCGAAGAAGCCGCGCCCAAACCUGCUACGGCCGCCGAAGGAGAUCAGUCGAUGGACGUGGACGGCAAAGAGGACGACGAGUCGGUGGAGCCGACCAAGCGCUGGAAGUGGAGCGAGGAGAUGCGCGAAGAGGUGUUUGUGCUCAUCACCAUCGAAAACGCCAUGAGCGAGAUCCGCAACGAAAAGUACAAGCUCGAGAACUCGGCCGAGCAGUACAGCGAGAUCAACGCCAGGAAGGCGUGCUACAAGCAGAUGGCCGAGCUUUUCCCCGAGGACGGAUGGACGACCUCGACCAACAUCUCUCGCGAGUAUGCGCAGAUCAAGAAGAAGAAGGAUCGGCAGGAGGCGAGGGGCGAGGAACUCUUCGGCGACUCCCGGGCCAGCAGCGCCGUUCCGGCCUGA